GUAGUCUGUUGUUUCCGCACACAUCCGCGCAUGAUUCUAGGGGUUGUAUUAAUGGAUGUUUAAGCAGUCUCUGCCCACAUUUCAAGACAACCUGGCUCGCAUAUCCAGUGCCUGUCCCCCAACUGCAGGAGGGUGAGUCUGCAAGCGUCUCAAAACGGAGCCGCCUGAAUCAUUCGUGCAACAAUGAGCUCGGAGCAGCCGAGCGACAAUGAGGAACCCGAAGAGCCGCGCGCUGAUGUGCUGCGCGAGGAGGAUGAGGAGAACAGCGAUGAAGACAGGGGCUCCACGAGACCAUCAUCACCCCAAGCGGGCCGCGAGAGUACCGAAAAGCAGGGCAGCUCGAGGCUCGAGUUGGCCGCAGACGGCGGGACGGGUUCGGGAUGCAGGGGUUCGAGUGACUCUCUGUUCUCGUGGAUUUGCAACAGGACAAUACGUAGGGGGCCGUUCGUAGAUCCCGCGCGGGAUCAUUUCCGUACAAUGACACGGCUUUAUAAGUCCAUGAGCCCUGCUACGGAUUCGGUGAACCUUAGUACUCAAACUCACGGGGCUGUCUUCAACUUGGAGUAUUCCCCGGACGGGUCCGUUUUGACGGUUGCUUGUGAGCAGACAGAAGUGCUUUUGUUUGACCCUGUUUCUUCCAGACAUAUUAAAACGCUAGUGGAGGCUCAUGAGGACUGUGUAAAUAACAUCAGGUUUCUUGACAACCGGCUGUUUGCGACCUGCUCAGAUGACACCACCAUUGCAUUGUGGGAUUUGCGGAAACUCAACUCAAAGGUGUGCACGUUGCAUGGCCACGCCAGCUGGGUCAAGAACAUUGAGUAUGACACACACACCCGCCUGCUUGUGACGUCAGGGUUCGACGGAAAUGUCAUCACCUGGGAUACCAACAGGUUCACAGAAGAUGGCUGUCCACACAAGAAGUUUUUCCACACACGCUAUCUAAUGCGGAUGCGUCUGACUCCAGACUGCAGUAAGAUGUUGAUCUCCACAUCCUCUGGUUACCUGCUCAUCUUACAUGACCUUGACCUCACCCAGAGCCUUGAGGUCGGGAGCUACCGCAUCCUACGGGCCCGUAGGGCCCCGCUCAGCACAGAAGGUUCAUCAGCAGGUUCCAGGUCAGGUGGUUCUCGUCACAACAUUGACAGCAAAACCCAUCCACACAGAGAGGGUUUGUCACCCAGAAACAGUCUUGAGGUUUUAACCCCAGAGAUCCCAGGUGAGCGGGACCGUGGGAACUGCAUCACCUCGUUGCAACUGCAUCCUAAGGGCUGGGCCACACUGUUACGCUGCUCCAGCAACAUGGACGACCAGGAGUGGACGUGUGUGUACGAGUUUCAAGAGGGAGCUCCACCUCGACCACCAGUGUCUCCUCGCUGCUCUCUGCGUCUCACGCACUACAUCGAGGAGGCUAACGUAGGCCGCGGCUACAUUAAAGAGCUGUGCUUCAGUCCGGACGGCCGCCUCAUUUGCUCGCCGUACGGUUACGGCGUGCGUUUGCUGGCGUUCGACGAGCACUGCGCUGAGCUGACGGACUGCAUGCCCGUGAGGACGGCUCUGCUGCGGGAGGUCCGCUCCAUCUACUCUCACAGCGACGUGGUGCUCACCUCAAAGUUCUCACCCACUCACUGUCAGUUUGCAUCAGGCUGCCUUAGUGGACGCGUAGCUCUUUAUCAACCACACUUUUAACACAUACACUGAUCGCUGAACUACAUCCUGCAAAUGGCAGAAGCUUUUGAUGUUUAGGGCGGACAAUGGGGGAACGAAACUACCUUAAAUGGAGUGUGUGUGUGUGUGUGUGUCACGCUGCAUGUGAGGUCACGCUGCAUGUGAACGAUCUUGUACGUUUUUGUCAUUUUUAGAUGUAAUUGUUCUUUACACUGUGUGAACUCUGAACUUAUCAGUCUGUGCGAGAAUGAAAGCGAAGAGCAUUAGUUUUUCUCCAUGAUGGAGGAUGAAUGAGUCACGUGAGCGUUAGAGAAUUGUGGAAUGUUUUUUGUUUGCUCAUCCAGUAAAUGCUUAAGCCAAUCAUUUUUAUGCAACUGUAACACAGUUUAAGGCAAUUUUUGCAUUUUGCUAAACAUUUUAGAACUUGCCAUAUUCAUAUUCAGAAAAAAAAAACACUUCUGAAAGUCACUUUUACUAAUUGUUUGUGUUUACUUUUGGACUCCGUGUCCUUAACACUAACCGAGAUCUGAGUUGUAGAUUGUCAAUGCAGUAUGUACCAUGUACGUGUGACUAUUGGGAUGAAUAUGACUUCUGUAGAUGGUUGAUUUUUAAAAUCUUCUGAUUUCAUAUGCUUCUGGAUUCUACAUGGACAAUCAGCAGUUAUGAAAUGUUCUGAUGCUCAUGACGCACGUCAGUGAGAGCUUUGUACUCUGGUCAUUAAAAACAAUGGGAUAGAGCAGUUUUGACGCAGGUUUAGCUGAUGGAGGAGUGUUUUAUGUGGCUGGACAUGAUCCACAUAGAGGACACAAUCUGAAUGUUCAGCUUUUCUGGGACUAUUAUCAGUGGUUCCUCCUCCUCCUUAGCAAGUUAUUUAAAUAGAGUGACUGUUCUGAAUUAAAUUUAAAAGCUGAGUAACAGUAAAAGUUACCAUAACUUUAUUCAUCCUUGAUUCUCAUUUGAUUCACUCUAUUCAUGUUGAAAUUACUAAGGAUGCAGUGCUAUAGAUUUAUUAAAUAAAGAAAGUUUUUCAUA